CAACGAUGCAUGAGGCGCACAACGUUGAUGCAGGACGUACACCAAAGCGACAAAGAGUGACGUGAAGAGAGCGACCGCAUGUCUCGCUUCGAUGCACAUCGAGCAAUCAACACCGUCAACGUUGUACGCCAAACUCUUGUGCGCGUUCCAGUUUUCGACCUGUGCGGCAACGUCCGGUGGCACCGGCACCACGGCGUCAACCGUGCGCGAGACGACCGUCGCGGCGAGAGUGCCGACGUCGUCGUUGGGCCCGACCGAGCGGACCAAAGGUGCCGCACCGAGAAACGUUGGACCGGACGCGACAACGCCCGGUGGCACCGGCACCACGCCGUCAACCGUCCGUGAGACGACCGUCGCGGCGAGAACGCUGACGUCGUCGUUGGGCCCGACCGAGCGGACCAAAGGCGCCACGUCGACAAUCGUCAGCCCGGACGCGACAACGUCCGGUAGCGCCGGCACCACGGCGUCAACUGUGCGCGAGACGACCGUCGCGGCGAGAGUGCCGACGUCGUCGUUGGGCCCGACCAAGCGAACCAAAGGCGCCACGUCGACAAUCGUCGGCCCAGACGCGACAACGUCCGGUGGCGCCGGCGACACAGCGUCAACCGUGCGCGAGCUGACUGUCGCGGAGAGAACGCCGACGUCCUCGCUCCUCGCUUUUUAGCCCAAGAACCGCAUCAGUUUCGAUGCCCACACGUGUCGCCACAUUGACGCGCAGCAGUCGUGCCGUAUUUCAACGUUUGAAAUGAAAAGGCCUCCUUGCAAAGCA